AUGCUGCUUGCUCUCACAAUUUUGUGCAUUUUCUUCAUGAACGUCUAUGGAGACUAUUGCGUGCCAGACUACUACCAGGAGCGCUUGUACUCGAACUUCCACUACAACCUAAACAAAAACCUGGUAUGGGACGAAGAUCUUUCCGAGCGGGCUUGCAAGGAAGCUAUCGGUGAAUUAGGCUCACAUGGCUUUGACAAGCUCACGGCAGAAAAGUUCGUAUCUGCCCGCUACUAUGUUCACCCUCAUGUUCUCUUCAAUAAUAGGUGUUUAAGGACAUUCUCCACAUCCCCAGUGAGAUCGAGCAAAAUACGAAGUACUCUCUUCAAUGCAUUCAAGAAUGAAGCACAAGUCAACGUGGUACGCAAUCUUCCUGCAGGCACGAAGUAUGGAUGCAACGCUGUGGAAUCGGAGAGAAAACGAAGGUUGUCUGUCCUCUACGAGAAGCAAUGA